GGGCCGGAGCCCGGACCAUGGCGGCGGCAGCGGUGGCGGCGGGCACGGAGGGGCGGCGCGCGGCCCUGGAGGCUGCGACGGCGGCGCCCGAGCGGGGCGGAGGGAGCUGCGUGCUGUGCUGCGGCGACCUGGAGGCUACGGCGCUGGGCCGCUGCGACCACCCGGUGUGCUACCGCUGCUCCACCAAGAUGCGGGUGCUGUGCGAGCAGCGCUACUGCGCCGUGUGCCGCGAGGAACUGCGCCAGGUGGUCUUUGGGAAGAAGCUUCCUGCCUUUGCCACCAUCCCCAUCCACCAGCUGCAGCACGAGAAGAAGUAUGACAUCUACUUUGCUGACGGGAAAGUGUUUGCCUUGUACAGGCAGCUGCUGCAGCACGAGUGCCCACGCUGCCCUGAGCUGCCACCUUUCGGUCUCUUUGGGGACCUGGAGCAGCACAUGCGGAAGCAGCACGAGCUCUUCUGCUGCAAGCUGUGCCUCAAACACCUCAAGAUCUUCACGUAUGAGCGCAAGUGGUAUUCACGCAAGGACCUGGCGCGGCACCGCAUGCAGGGGGACCCCGAUGACACGUCGCACCGCGGGCACCCGCUCUGUAAGUUCUGCGAUGAGCGCUACCUGGACAAUGACGAGCUGCUCAAGCACCUCCGCCGCGACCACUACUUCUGCCACUUCUGUGACUCGGACGGGGCCCAGGACUACUACAGCGACUACGCUUACCUGCGCGAGCACUUCCGGGAGAAGCACUUCCUAUGUGAGGAGGGCCGCUGCAGCACCGAGCAGUUCACCCAUGCCUUCCGCACCGAGAUUGACCUCAAGGCCCACAGGACAGCCUGCCACAGCCGGAGCCGCGCCGAGGCCCGCCAGAACCGCCAGAUCGACCUGCAGUUCAGCUACGCGCCACGGCACUCCCGCAGGAACGAGGGGGUCGUCAGUGGCGAGGACUACGAGGAGGUGGACAGGUACAACCGCCAGGGCCGCGUGGGCCGGGCCAGCGGUCGCGGAGCCCAGCAGAGCCGCCGAGGAAGCUGGAGGUACAAGAGGGAAGAAGAGGACCGAGAAGUGGCGGCUGCCAUCCGGGCGUCGGUGGCUGCUCAGCAGCAGCAGCAGGAGGCACGUAGGAGUGAGGACCGAGAGGAGGGCAGCAGACCCAAGAAGGACGAGGUAGGGGCACGGGGGCCCGAGGAGCCCCGUGGCCCCCGGCGCCCACCUCGGUCUCAAGGUGAAGGCCCAGGCCCCAAGGAAGCCUCGGCAAAUGGUCCUGUAAGCCAAGAGGCCUUCUCAGCAACCAGCCCGGCCACAGGGGCCACACCUCCCAGCACCCUCCCGCCCCCGACUUCGGAGCUCAAGGAUGAAGACUUCCCCAGUCUCUGCGCCUCCACUCCCUCCUCUUGUUCUGUGAUGGCAGCCCUGGGCCCUGUGGGGCUGGCACUGGCGUACCCUGUUCCCUCCAGGGGCAAGAGCACCUUCCAGGAGGACGACUUCCCUGCCCUGGUGUCCUCCGCCUCCAAGCCCACCACUGCCCCCACCAGCCUCAUCUCUGCUUGGAACAGCAGCGGUAGCAAGAAGGUGGCACAUCCCACUCUAGGGGCCCAGGCUGCUGGUGGGGGCAGCCAGCCUCCCAGGAAGGCUGGGAAGGGUAGCAAGGGUGGCAAGAAGGGCGGGCCACCCCCCACGGAGGAGGAGGAGGAUGGGGAGGAGGAUAGCCGUGCCGGCCGCACUGCUCAGGAGCUACGCAGCGUGCCCACAACAGUCGCCGUCUCCUCCCUGCUGGCGCUGGCCUCCACCCAGACCUCCACCAAGGCUGGCAAGAAGAAGAAAGCGGGCGCCGAGAAGCCAGGUGCCACGUCACCCCCGCCACUGCCCCCUGACAAAGACGGGCCCCCUGGGGCUGAGCAGGCCCCCACGGCCCCCACCGGCAGAGCUGAGGGGCCAGUUGCUGUCAUUGUCAAUGGACACACAGAGGGGCCGGCCCCAGCUCGGAGCACUCCCAAGGAACCCCCUGGGCUUCCACGGCCCCUGGGGCCCCUCCCCUGCCCCACGCCCCAGGAAGACUUCCCAACGCUCAGCGGCCCCUGCCCACCCAGGAUGCCCCCUCCCCCAGGCUUCAACACUGUGGUGCUCCUGAAGGGCACUCCACCACCACCUCCACCAGGUUUGGUGCCUCCCAUCAGCAAACCGCCCCCUGGCUUCUCUGGCCUCCUGCCCAGCCCCCACUCGGCCUGCGUCCCCAGUACUACCACCACCACGAAAGCGCUGAUCCCUGCGCCACGGGCCUACCUGGUCCCUGAGAACUUCCGGGAGAGGAACCUACAGCUCAUCCAGUCCAUCAAGGACUUCCUGCAGAGUGAUGAGGCCCGCUUCAGCAAGUUCAAGAGCCACUCGGGGGAGUUCAGACAGGGUGUGAUCUCCGCAGCCCAGUAUUACAAGAGCUGCCGGGACCUGCUCGGGGAGAACUUCCAGAAGAUCUUCAACGAGCUGCUGGUGCUCCUGCCCGACACAAUCAAGCAGCAGGAGCUGCUGUCCGCACACACAGACUUCCAAGGCCGCGAGAGGCCUCCUGGCACCAAGGCCAAGAAGAACAAGAAGAGCGCGUGGCAGACCAGCACCCGGCAGGCGGGCCUGGACUGCUGCGUGUGCCCCACCUGCCAGCAGGUCCUCGCGCAUGGCGACGUCAGCAGCCACCAGGCGCUGCACGCUGCCCGGGACGACGACUUCCCCUCCCUACAAGCCAUUGCCAGGAUCCUCACGUAGCUCCCGCCAGUGUGGGCAGAAGCUGCCACACCCAUGAGCCUCCUUUCUCCUUCCUCCUCCUCCUGGGCUGCCAGGCAGCCAGGUAAGGCCCUGGUGAGGCCGCCUGCUCAGGCUCCUGGGCCGGCCACCCUGCCCUGCCAGCAUACCGUCAUGCAGGAGUCCAUUUGGUUUCCUCCUGGGAACUGGGCAGAGACCCCUGCCUCAGCAGUGGGCCGGUGUUGGUUUGUACUCUCACGCUUUUGGAAGGUGCCAGGGGACGGAUGGGCCAGGAUGCCAGGACCUGUCCAUGAUGUCAGAGCCAGUGACCCCAGUGGCCUGAUCCGGGACCUCCUGAGCCUGAGGGCAGUAGCACCGCGGCCCUCAAGCUGGAAGCUGUGGGUCCACUGGCGCUGGAGUCAGAUGUUGAGUGUGUUGUGUAAACAGUUGACUGUUUCGUGAUUCAAGAAUGUUCAGGAUUAAAAGCAGAGACGAAAUUGUGCUACUUGAAGUUGAAUCUUUUUACAAUACAAGCUGAAUCUGGGAUCUCAAAUUCCCUCUGACCUUUUAUAAGUUUAUCUUCAAAUAAAUUUAUUUUGCAGUAAUGCA